GAACCCUUUCUUUCACUCUCAGUCUGUCUACCACAGUAAACACGUACGGAGGAGUCACCAAUCUGAGGAUAUUGGACAUCGCAAGGUCAGACGGCGUGAAUCAACAUGGCGGCCCCCAGGCUAGCCCUGUUUGCCGUUGUCAUGGUUAUCGUCGUCGUGGCGUCGACCAGUGCGGCACCAGGAAAGCCGAAACAAUUAAAACCGUCGGCAAAGGUAUCAGAAAACAUAGUACCCAAAGAAAUGGCUUCAAAGCCAGUAAAACCUAAAUCAAAUGGACCGCAUAUAUUUAAAAGCAACCUGGCAAACAAAAAAGGCUCUGGUGUUCAACCUGUGGUCGUUCCCCCGAAAGGAGAAUUGGGAAUAAUGGCCAGGAAUGCGAAGGAGAAUUCGAAGUCAAUGCCAGCGAUGGUCAAACCGAAGACAAAAACAGCGCCUGCCACAGUCAAGGCAAAAUUCGGAUUUGGCAAUGCGAAAUCGAAAGGCGGGAAGGAGCCGAAGAAGGUGUCGGCCUUCGCUAAAGCAUUAAAGAAAGUGGUAAAGGCUUCUGUGAAAACUAAGAAGCUUGCAACGAAAGGUGGAGAUAAAGAAGGUGCAAAUACUAAGACGAAGCCGCAUGAGAUAUCUCUGGACGAGAUUGCCAAAGAAAACGGAAUAGGCAAGAAAAAGAUGCCUGAUGUUGUCCCUUCGAAAAAGAAAUCGGCGGCUAAGAAAGCUGUUGGAGCCAAAAAAGUGUCAUUCAAAACACCAGUCUCGUUGGAAAAAAUGAAGGCACUGUCCAAGUCAGUGAAAAAAGGGAUUAGCAAAAAAGCACCUGUGUCAAAGAAGGGUGUAAAGAAGGCUGCAAAGAAAGCAAUAAAGAAGGCCACCAAGGCUAAGAAGGUCGCUAAGAAAGCUGAGAAGAAGGCGAAGAAACAGCUGAAGAAAGCAUUGAAGUCAGGCAAAUCGAAAGCGAUCAAGAAAGCUAAGGUAGCUAAGAAACAGGCAAAGAAGGCAGUCAAAAAAGCUUCAAAGGCAAAGGUUGCUGCUAAGACCGCCAAGAAAACUGGAAGUAAAGCGGCACUUAAGGCAUCCAAAAAGGCUACCAAGGCAAGCAAGAAGACAACUAAGAAGGCGAAGAAGGCUACAAAGACGUCCAAAAAGGCUGGAAAGAAACCAUCGCCUAAGUCAAAGAAGGGUGUGAAGAAGGCUGCAAAGAAAGCAAUAAAGAAGGCCACCAAGGCUAAGAAGGUCGCUAAGAAAGCUGAGAAGAAGGCGAAGAAACAGCUGAAGAAAGCAUUGAAGUCAGGCAAAUCGAAAGCGAUCAAGAAAGCUAAGGUAGCUAAGAAACAGGCAAAGAAGGCAGUCAAAAAAGCUGCAAAGGCAAAGACUGCUGCUAAGACAGCCAAGAAAACUGGAAGUAAAGCGGCACUUAAGGCAUCCAAAAAGGCUACCAAGGCAAGCAAGAAGACAACUAAGAAGUCGAAGAAAGCUACAAAGAAGUCCAAAAAGAGCGCCAAAAAGGGUGGAAAGAAAACAUUGCCUAAGACCAAGAAGGGCGUGAAGAAGGCAGCGAAGAAAGUUGCAAAGAAGGCAAAGAAGGAGGAGAAGAAAGCUAAGAAGAAUGAAAAAAAGAUCAAGAAGGCCAUUAAGAAAAUGGUGAAGAAGGGCGGCAGCAAAGAGGAAGUCAAGGUACUCAAGAAAUCACUCAAAAAGACAAAGAAGGCCAAAAAGACUGCGAAGAAGGCAAAGAAAGCUGCCAAGAAGGCUGCCAAGACUGGAAGCAAGGGCGCACUCAAGGUCGCCAAGAAACAAAACAAAAAGGCCAAGAAGCAAACCAAGAAGGCGAAGAAGGCGGUUAAGAAAGCAGUCAAGGGUUGUGCGAAGGGCCGUCACCCUCAUGUCCACAUCGCACAGACCAUUCAUAUUACUGUGUGUCCGCCCGGAUCGAAUGGUGCUGGCUGCGUAACUAUGACAAAAGGGCCCAAGAAAGCCGUUAAGAAAGCAAAGAAGAAGGCAAAGAAUGCAAAGAAGAAGGCAAAGAAGGCAAAAAAGAAAGUGCAGAAGAAAAAGAAGGCAGUUAAGAAAGCCAAGAAGAAAGUUCUGAAGUUGAAGAAGAAAAUGGUUAAAGCAAAGGCCAAGGGCGAUGUGAAGAAGGCCAAGGCGCUGAAGAAGAAGGUCAAGAAAGCAGUAAAGAAAGUACAGAAGAAAAAGAAGGUUGUGAAGAAGGCGAAGAAGAAGGCAGCCAAGAAAGUAAAGAAGGCUAAGAAGGCGAAGAAGAAAGCGAAGAAAGUCAAGAAAGCUGCAAAGAAGGCAGGCAAAGGAGGCAAAAAACCAGCUGGUAAGAAGGCAAAGAAGAAGGUAAAAAAGGCUAAGAAGAAAGUAAAGAAGGCUAAGAAGAAGGAAAAAAAGGCAAAGAAGAAGGUAAAAAAGGAAAAGAAGAAAGUAAAGAAACUGAAGAAGAAGAUCAAAGCAGCAGAGAAGGCCGGCAAGACUAGCAAGGUCAAGGCAUUGAAGAAGAAAGUCAAGAAAACCAAGAAGAAAGUCACCAAGGCGAAGAAGAAGGUAAAGAAGGCUAAGAAAGUGAAGAAGAAAGCCAAGAAGGUUGCUAAGAAAGCUGCGAAGAAGGCUGGAAAGGGAGGGAAAGGGAAGUCUCCUGCAAAGAAGGCAAAAAAAGCAAAGAAAACUGCAAAGAAGGUUAAGAAGAAAGCUAAAAAGCUGGAGAAGAAGGUCAAGAAAGUUUCAAAGAAGGCGAAAAAACAACUCAGCAAACUAGAACAACUUGAAAAAAGACUUGCAGCUUUCAAAGCGAAUCUUAUGAAAAUGCAAAAGGACCUCGCUGCACUGAAGGCAGCUCAUAAUGAUGCAGAGGCGAAGAAGCUGAAAAAGAAGAUUAAGAAAGUCCAAAAGAAGAAGAAGGUAGUCAAGAAGAAAGUGAAGGUUGUGAAGAAGAAAGUAAAGAAACUGCAAAAGAAAGUGAAGAAGACCAAGAAGAAGGCUAAAAAGGUGGUAAAGAAGGCUGUGAAAGCAAAGAAGAAGGCAAAAAAAGCCGCGAAGAAGGCUGGAAAGAAAGCAGGUAUGAAAUCUCCGAAGAAGAAAGCUAAGAAGGCCGAAAAGAAGGCAAAGAAGGCUGCCAAGAAAGCCACCAAGGCAAAGAAGAAAGUCGCCAAAAUCGCAGAGAAGCUCACCAAGGCUAAACAAGCGGGAAAAGGAAAUGCUAGUAAGAAGUUGGCGAAAAAACUUAAGAAAGCUGAGAAAAAGGAAAAGAAGGCUGUAAAAAAGGCAUCGAAGAAAGCCGCAAAAGCCGUGAAAGCGAAAGCAAAGGCUAAGAAAGCAUAAGAAGCUGGACGAUUAACAGUGAAACCCCCUAUGGACGAGAGUUAGAACUAUGAUUCUUUCCUUUCCUGUCUCUCACGCACGCAUGGUGGAAUUCUCGUUGAUUCUCGUAUAUUUUCGCAGGAAAACAGGAUGUUGACUCCUCAUCUGUUUCCGUUUUGUGGUAGAUUGUAAAGAAAACAAUAAAAAUGAUA